AUGGCUCGGUACAGCACGCCACAAUAUGAAGACAACGAUGAGGAACAAUUUCCAUUUGAACAUGCAUCAAGCUCGGAGGGAUAUCGUGACCCGAAUCGGGACGGAGACCGAGGGAGCAAGGCGAUACCAGUCCGGACAAGUGACAGAGAGGAGUUGAUCCAGUGUAUUAAACGGGGUCAGCGGACAACAUGGGUUCCCAAACCGGGAUUAGAGGCUUUAUGUGCUGCAGUUAGUGUCGAACAGGAUCCCUCCUCGCCAUCUACCUUGCCCUCGCAACAGUGUGAUUCUCAACCUGACCACAGCAAAGGGUCUCGAGUGGGAUUGGCGGAUACAGGAACAAGACCACUCCCGCUCUCCGCAGAAGAUGCUUUGCGACGCUCUAUGUCUCCCUUGCAUACGGGCGAUUUUCUCGGCGACUUUUGGGACACGGCAGCUCGAAUUCCCCAGCAGCAGCCUGCUGCAGGCCUUUCCACACCGAGAAGGCAGGAUUCCCAACCCGAAUAUGAUGAUUCUCCUCCAUUCUGGCAAGCGGAAACGUCUCCGAUAAUGAGCCUCAAGUCGCAGCAGAGUUCUCCUUCGGAUAUACUCCGAAGGUCGCGAGCCCCUUCUCUGGGAAGCAGCUUGUCUUCGAGUUUCGUCAUGAGAAUUCCCACAAGCCCACUUGUUCACGCGACGAACAAUCCUACACUGGAUUUCUCGCUGAGGGAUCCCCAGAAAACCGAGCUUGGCAAAUCGGCGAGAAGGAGAACGAUGCCUCCCAACGCCUUUGAGUCUUUGCACAUGUCAUCUAUCGACAACGGCACACCGAACUUCAGCCGCCCCUUACCCUACGUGCAAUCGCAACCCCGGGAGGACCUCUCAUUCCCUCAUGGACAUCGACCACGUCGUUCGUUAAGCUCUUUCACGUAUCAGCCAGCUGUCGUUCCCCAGGUCCCUCCUUGGCUGAGACAACGUCGACCUUCUUUGGCAGCAGAUGGAUCUCCCCGACAUCGGGCUUCUAUGGUCGGGUCUUUUGAGGAGUCCAUUCUACGUGGCAGGAUGUCGACUCCGCCUUCGAAGCCUCUCGACUUUGUGGCACAAAUUGGUGUUAUGGGGAAAGGUAACUGCCCUGCCAGCCUGAAGUGUCCGGCCCACGUAACCGUUCCGUUUCCGGCGGUCUUCUAUAAUUACCCUUCGGCAAGUGCGUCCAGAUCAAUCUCAGACGACAACCCCAGUCCUUAUGUUGGCAACAUCGACCUAGAACAUAACUUGAAAGCACCGGAAGAACCGCGCCGCCGUGUACGACGGUCUCAAGCUAUUCUUGAUCCGGAAGCAUUGGCGGCUGAAAUCACAAAGCCCGAAAACACGGCAAUUGGCAAAGCAUUGGCCAAAGAGGCCCGAGAAAGGAAAGGGAACACUGCGAUAUCACCUAAAGUUCCUCCUGGGGGAGCAUACCGGGUACCGCAGAAAGGACAACUUCAGCUCAUUAUAAAGAACCCCAACAAGACCGCAGUCAAACUAUUCCUGGUGUCGUAUGAUCUGGAAGGCAUGCUUCCUGGCACAAAGACCUUCGUUAGACAGCGAAGUUAUUCGUCUGGCCCGAUAGUCGAAGCUGGAGGAUCGGAGAAACAAGCCGCCUUGGCUGCUCGGGAUCCUCGGAGUACAAAGGACAUCCUUCGUUAUCUCGUCCACCUCAAAUUUUGCUGUACGGCAAAGGGCCGUUUCUAUCUUUAUGACAACAUUCGCGUGGUCUUUGCCAACCGCGUGCCAGAUGACAAGGAGAAGCUGCGGAGUGAGGUUCAGCUGCCAGAACCACGAUUCACGGCCUACAAACCAGCAAUGGAGCGGCAUUCGCGAAGCCCGAGCGUGGUUGAUGGAAAGAUCUCUCCUCACUCACAGCCCCGAAUUACCUCUGAUUUUGAGAAGCUGGACGACGUGGUCGGUUCUAGCAGCACGGCCAACCAUUUCAUCCAAUUGCGGAGCUCACCCCCUACCUCGUUCCACCACCUUUCUCCAACCUCGACGUUCGACCGUGACUCGCCAAGGGCUGGGCUAGCUGUGCGGGAGGAGGAAGAGGAUACUGAAGUCGAGCGCACGGUUUCUCCUACUCCUGGCUUUUUACCUUCGACUUCGGCCCGAAGUUCGCCAGUGCCAUGGCCCGCUUCCACCGGCCCUUCCAUAGCACAAGGCUUCUCUGCCACUCCUGUCGAGGCGGGACAUGGUUUACUCUCACGCAAACUCAGGGAAUUCAAUGGGACGGCUGCGGGACAGAGUGAGUAG